UCUCUGCUGCUGGUGCCUUCAAGGCACAAGCGCAGGACUUGUUCACUCAGAGCUUUCCCAAGGAAUCUCUCUUGAAGGUGCCCUCGAGGCCACACUGUGGCAUGGCGGGCAGAUUCCGUCGCCUGUUCAAAGUGCUCAGGAGGAAAAAAGGCCCUGGAGCUGCCCCAGCACAACAGCCCGAAGAGCUGGAGCAGUUCCAGCCACGGCAGGACGAUGCAGCCCUGGACCGGACACAAGAGCAGGACCGUGCCCACGGCCGCUUCCGGAGAACAGUGCAGAUGUUCCGGAAGUUCAUGUGCAUUCGGCGUGGAAAGACCAGCACCACAGCAACUGAGGGCACAGCUGAGCCUGACUCUGGGCUGACCGAGCUCCAGGCAGAGCCUGAUGUCAGCACAGAUAUCACUGCACCCUCAGAAGACUCUGACAGUCCAAUGAAUGAUCACACAGCGAAGACUGACAGGGCAGUGACUGAGGACAUGGCAGUGACUGAGGACAUGGCAGUGACUGAGGACAUGGCCAUCACAAACACUGACACCGGAGAGACUCAGGGCAUCCCAAAUACUGACACUAUGCCCAUUCCCACUGGGAUUCAUGCUCCCAAACUGGAUUUUUUUGAAGAGAGUGCUGCUUCUCCUCAGCAGCAGGUGCCAGCCAUGGUGAGGAACAUUCACCAGAGACUCGGGUCCCAUGUCACUGUGGAUGCCUGGCUGCAAAUUGACAUUCUGAGGCUGGCUGAAGAGCACCCCGCUGAUGUGGUGCUGACCCUCCUGCGCUGUGCCCCAUCGUGCGACAGGUACGGGGCCCAGCUGCCUUGA